CCGAGAUGUCGUGGGAUUGCACUGCAUAGACCUGGCAAUAAAACACCAUCAUCGAAGGUUGAGCCUCCUUGUCCACUCUUCUUAGUGUCCCUCUCUCCAGAUAUGACUUUGGCUUUGCCGAACAUGUUGAUUAGACAUCAGCACGAUAUGAAGUCCUGUUCACCUCAAUUUCUUGGAUAGCCUUCUCUCCAGCCAUCUUCCUCUACACACACAGCAUUGUACAAGAUGGCGCCAGACUUAAUCGAAGCUGUUGAGACUCUUCCUGACGCAUGCCAGUUCACAGCCGAGAAAAAUGUUUCCAGUUCAACAAGGUACUCCAAUCCAAGUUUACAAGUCACCGCAAGCCAUACUAUCGAGUUGGUUGAGGCUCCAAUAGACAAGCCAGGCCCUGGUGACGUACUCAUCCAUAUCAAAGCGACCGGAAUCUGCGGUUCUGAUGUGCACUUCUGGAAGAAAGGUGCGAUCGGAAAGCUGAAGGUCGAGGGUAAUUGCAUUCUUGGCCACGAAGCAGCGGGUCUCGUUCUCCAAGUUGGGCAAGGCGUAACGACGGUGCGAAAAGGGGACAGGGUUGCGAUUGAGCCGCAAGUACCGUGUGGAAGAUGCUUUUCGUGCACAAGCGGGCGUACCAACCUCUGUCCCCAGGUGAGGUUUAUCGGUGUCUACCCAUACCAUGGUUCGCUGCAACGAUUUAAGGUCCAUCCAGCAGGAUAUGUCCACAAGCUGCCAGAGAACGUGUCGUAUGCUCAAGGAGCGCUUCUUGAACCCCUCUCCGUGGUGCUUCACGGUCUGUCCCGCGUAAAGCUCUCCAUCGGCCGUGGAGCGAUGAUUUGCGGCGCAGGCCCCAUUGGUCUAAUUGCUUUGGCGGCAGCUCGAGCCUCUGGAGCACAUCCUCUCGUUAUCACUGAUUUGGAACCGAAGCGUCUGGCGUUUGCGAAGGAGUUCGUUCCAUCGUGCCAAGUUUAUCAAGUCGACACUACACUGCAUGAAGAGUCCAACGCCGCGGCCAUUCGAGCAUUGUUCGGUCCUACUGAAUAUGAAGCUCCGGCAACAGUUCUUGAAUGUACGGGGGUGGAAUCAAGUGUUGUAACGGCGGCACAUGUAGUGCGGACGGGAGGUGAUUUGAUGGUAAUUGGUGUUGGCAAGGAUAUCAUGAACAACCUUCCGUUCAUGAAAAUCAGUUUAUCAGAGAUAAAUCUGAAGUUCAUAAAUCGAUACACCGAUACCUGGCCGGCAGCUAUCUCAGCUUUCAGCGGCGAAAUUCUGAACCUCGACAAGCUUAUUACUCACACAUUUCCGCUCGAAAACGCGAUGGAUGCCUUGAAGUUGUGCUCAGAUGUCACCCAAGGGAGCAUUAAGAUCCAGGUGGUUGACGAGAGGGACAUUGAUUGAGGCCUAACUUGUCGGUAGGAGUGGGAAUCAGACGGAUGGCGACAUGGAUGGUUGGGGCGUAAAGAGGUUGACACGGGUUCAAUGAUAGACUUCAAUAGAAAAGCAGCAUUUUUGGAGCACUAUGGAGAUGGAGUGACAUCGAUCUCGUGGCUGGAUAUGAUGGAUGAGCAACCAUGAUGUUGUGAAGUUACCUCUGGAGGUUCAAGAUCUUCGAUUUUUCGACCUGGUGUUUAUAGCCUGAAAUAAGCAAAAUUUCAUCACAAUCAAUC